UUAUGCGCGUAUGAAAUGUGAAUAUUCAUUUGCAUUAGUCGUUUCAUACUGAAGAUGAUUGUGCGUAGUGAUGUUGCAAAGUGUGUUUUCUGGCGACAGUCGGCUUAUUUUAAAGUGUUUCGUGACGUUGAUCAACAACGAAUUAUUGUCUUUCAUUCAUCGUUUUAUAGGUAAAAUUGCCAUUACUUCACAUAUUCUUUCUAAAAUACGCGUAUUACAGCGUACCCAAAUGUUUAAUGACCCCAUAGCGAUGCAACACACACAAAAUGGCAGAUAAGCGAUAUGAGCAAACCACGGGAGACAAUGCCAAUAAGAUAUUGGCGCUUGAAUGUGCGGUUAGGUUUCUACAAAAGUAUCCGGAAUUUGCUCAAUUCGUUCUAAAUAAGUCGAGCUAUAAAUUCGACAUUCAUGCACUCAUCACAGAAGCAAAAAGAUUGGACCUAACAGCAGCAGUUGAAGACAUUCGGAACGAGUUUGACGCGAACGGUACUAGUUCCGAACUUUCCGAUACUGACCAGUGCAAUCUGGAGCACAGGCAGCAUGUGAGUCCAGUUUUGCACAAUCAAUUGGAUGCACAAACGGACGAUAAAGAAACUGAAGUAGAUAGCACGGAUAACGAAAGCUCGGACCGCAAAGUUUUUCAGGACAUUACAAAUCAGUUAAAACAAAAAUACAGUGUACGCAAAAACAAAACUAAAAACAAUUCCCAGCUGGAGCACUGUGUCUUCUGCCUUAACAACGGUGCCGAUAAGGAAGAAUACGAGAGUCACAGUUGUAAAGAUGAAUCGGGCAACGUGACAUGUCCCGUUUUGCAGAAAUUCGUAUGCUCACGUUGCCAUGCUACUGGGGCUAAUGCGCACACGGCCAAAUAUUGUCCGCUGAAACCGAUCAUCACACCGGAAGAUUGCUUGGUAAUGGAGCAAAAAUGGUUGCAAAAACGUCGCCGUAGACAUGCAGUUGCUGUAAAGACUAAUGAUAUGGAUGAACAGAGGAAACUCUCCGGUGAUACCAAAAGUCGAACAAGACUACGUUUUUAGUGAGAAUAAUUUACGCGAAGAUAUGCAGGACACACAUUAGUUAUAACUUCUUUAUGGAUGGCUUAAAGCUCUGUGAGUUUUAGUAUCUUAUUUUAAUUAAAACGUUUACAAAGAGUAAACUAUCAAGCAUAUAAGGGAAGAAUGAGAAUUUGGCCAUCGAUGCCAUCGAAAAGAAAUAGUAUUUAUUGAAGGAGAUACAUUAUGUGCAAAAUGAAUAUUUUUGCAAUCGAAUCAAGCACAGUAGGUAGAGCGAGAUAACGAUCAUUUAGAUAAAGAAAAGAUCAGAUUUAUUUGAUCGUACGAAUCGUAUCGAAAAGCAUCUUCGAAAAACCUGUUGUGCAGGCAUUAUCGGUGUUUUCAACAAGUCGAGUCGAUUGAACAAUUUUAAGGAAUUGUUAUUAUGGAAAGACUGAUACCUGCUAGUUCUUUUUGUUAGGAAAAGAGCUUUAUUUUCUUUCAUGUAUAAAUGUUUUAUCAGCUUUUAGUGAAACAACAAACCGUAAAUGAUUAUGUGCUUCAAAGGUGACAUUAAUAUACAUUUUACGACAAUAAUAUACAAUUCUACAUGAAGUGAGUACUUGCAUAGUAUAACUGAACUGCUAUGCGAAGAGAGACGGUCCUAUUCACUUUUAUAAAACACUUUAUGUCCUUUAUCUAUGAUUUACAUCACCUCAAAUAAAAAUAUGUAGCAUUUA